AUGAAGCGCUUUGCUCUGUUGCUGAACGCUGGGCUCUCCCAUGCGGCCCUGCGGUUCGCCUGCUCGACCGUCUCUCUGCAGCGCCUCGACCCUCUUGUAGAGCCAGGCCAGAUACCUUCGGCCCACGUCCAUCAAAUCGUCGGCGGCAAUGCGUUCAACGCCACCAUGACUGGGGACAUUGGCGAGCAGGGCAGCUGCACGACCUGCGCGUACACGGAGGACUUUUCCAACUACUGGACAGCCGUCAUGUAUUUCAGGCACGAGAACGGGUCUUAUCACCGCGUGCCCCAGUACCCCAACGCCCAGCUGGGCACCGAUGGUCGAGACGCGCCAGAUAUCAACGCCGGCAUGACCAUCUACUACACGCAAAAGGACUUUAGCUCCAACGGAAAGCAGCACAUCACCGCUUUCAAACCAGGCUUCCGUAUGACCGUCGGCGCCCCGACGAGGAACACCCUCGCCGACGCCCGGGCCGAGCCGGGCCUCCGCUACACCUGCCUGCAGUCCAUCCUGACCCGCGGCAGCGAGACGCCCGACUUCCCCGCCCGGCCCUGCCCCGCGGGCAUCAUGGCCAUCCACCACUUCCCGGCCUGCUGGGACGGCAAGAACCUCGACAGCCCGGACCACCAGUCGCACAUGUACAGCACCACCAAGGGCGGCUUCCGCGAGGCCGGGCCCUGCCCGGCUUCGCACCCCGUGCGCGUGCCGCAGAUCGCCUACGAGACCAUGUGGAACACGACCAUGUUCAACGGUAUGUGGCCCAAGGACGGCAAGCAGCCGUUCGUGUGGUCCUUCAUGGGCAACGGGUACGGCACGCACGCCGACUACGUCUUCGGGUGGAAGGGCGACUCGCUGCAGCGCGCCAUGAACGACACGUGCAUGUUCCACGGCUGCGGCAGCCCGGGCAAGCAGGGGAUCCUCAAGACGCAGACCGUGGCCGAGAUGAACAAGUGCGCCGUGCAGAGGACCGUCGUGGAGGAGACGGACGGCUGGCUGACGGAGCUGCCGGGCCAGGCGCAGAUGACGGGGAUGUAG